AAGUCCUCCGCUCCGCAGCCCGCGUCUGAGCCCUUUCCACUUUCGUCCUCUUCAGCUCAAGAUGGUGGCCUCACGGGCGAUAGGCAGUCUGAGCCGCGCCACUGCCUCCGGGAUGCGCCGCUGCCCAGGUUAUAUUUGCCGCAACUUUUCAGGGUCCUCUGCUUUGCGAACCAGAACCCAUAUUAACUAUGGAGUCAAAGGGGAUGUGGCUGUUGUUCGAAUUAACUCACCCAAUUCAAAGGUGAACACACUGAAUAAAGAACUGCAGUCUGAGUUCAUGGAAGUAAUGAAUGAAAUCUGGGCUAGUGAUCAAGUCAGAAGUGCUGUCCUUAUCUCAUCAAAGCCGGGCUGCUUUAUUGCAGGUGCUGACAUCAACAUGUUAGCUUCUUGCAAGACCUCUGAAGAGGUAACACAAAUAUCACAGGAAGGACAGAGAACAUUUGAGAAACUUGAGAAGUCCACAAAGCCUAUUGUGGCUGCCAUCAGUGGAGCCUGCUUAGGAGGAGGACUUGAGCUUGCCAUUUCCUGCCAAUAUAGAAUAGCAACCAAAGAUAGAAAAACAGUAUUAGGUACACCUGAAGUCUUGCUGGGAAUCUUACCAGGAGCAGGAGGCACACAAAGGCUGCCCAAAAUGGUGGGUGUGCCUGCUGCCUUUGACAUGAUGUUGACGGGUAGAAACAUUCGUGCAGACAGAGCAAAGAAAAUGGGACUGGUUGACCAAUUGGUGGAUCCCCUGGGACCAGGAUUAAAACCUCCAGAGGAGCGGACAAUUGAAUACUUAGAAGAAGUUGCAGUUACUUUUGCCAAAGGACUGUCUGAUAAGAAAAUCUCUAUAAAGAGAGACAAGGGAUUAGUAGACAAAUUGAUAUCAUAUGCCAUGAGUAUUCCAUUUGUCAGGCAACAGCUUUACAAAAAGGUGGAAGAAAAAGUACGAAAACAGACUAAAGGCCUCUAUCCUGCACCUCUGAAAAUAAUCGAUGUAGUAAAGACUGGAAUUGAGCAAGGGAACGAAGCUGGCUAUCUCUCUGAAUCUCAGAAAUUUGGAGAGCUUGCAAUGACCAGAGAAUCAAAGGCCUUGGUGGGACUUUAUCAUGGUCAGGUCCUGUGUAAGAAGAAUAAAUUUGGAGCACCACAGAAGGAAGCAAAGCACCUAGCCAUUCUUGGUGCAGGGCUGAUGGGAGCCGGCAUUGCCCAGGUCUCUGUGGAUAAGGGCCUGAGGACCAUACUUAAAGAUGCUACACUAGCUGGGCUGGGCCGAGGACAGCAACAGGUGUUCAAAGGAUUAAAUGAUAAAGUGAAGAAGAAAGCUCUAACAUCGUUUGAAAGGGACUCCAUUUUCAGCAACUUGACUGGGCAGCUCGAUUACCAGGGUUUUGAAAAGGCUGACAUGGUGAUUGAAGCUGUUUUUGAGGACCUUAGUCUUAAGCACCGAGUGCUAAAGGAAGUGGAAGCGGUGAUUCCAGAUCACUGUGUCUUUGCCAGUAACACAUCCGCUCUCCCAAUCAAUGAAAUAGCUGCUGUCAGCAAAAGACCUGAGAAGGUGAUCGGCAUGCACUACUUCUCUCCUGUGGACAAGAUGCAGCUGCUAGAGAUCAUCACUACUGACAAGACGUCUAAGGACACAAUGGCUUCGGCCGUAGCCGUUGGGCUCAAGCAGGGGAAGGUCAUCAUUGUGGUUAAAGAUGGACCUGGCUUCUACACCACCAGGUGUCUCGCACCCAUGAUGUCUGAAGUCCUCAGAAUCCUGCAGGAAGGAGUUGAGCCUAAGAAGCUGGAUUCCCUCACCACAAGCUUUGGCUUUCCUGUGGGUGCUGCCACACUGGUCGAUGAAGUGGGUGUGGAUGUAGCAAAACACGUGUCAGAAGAUCUGGGCAAAGCCUUCGGGGAGCGGUUUGGAGGUGGGAGCGUAGAACUGCUGAAGCAGAUGGUGUCCAGGGGCUUCCUGGGUCGCAAGUCUGGGAAGGGCUUUUACAUCUACCAGGAGGGUGUGAAGAACAAGAAUGUGAAUUCUGACAUGGAUGGCAUUUUAGCAAGUCUGAAGGUGCCCCCGAAGUCUGAAGUCUCCUCCGACGAAGACAUCCAGUACCGCCUGGUGACCAGAUUUGUGAACGAGGCGGUCCUGUGCCUGCAGGAAGGGAUCCUGGCCACACCCACAGAGGGAGACAUCGGCGCGGUCUUCGGGCUCGGCUUUCCCCCGUGUCUCGGAGGGCCCUUCCGCUUCGUGGAUCUGUUCGGUGCUCAGAAGGUGGUGGACCGGCUCAGGAGGUAUGAGGCCGCCUACGGAAAACAGUUCACCCCGUGCCGGCUGCUCAUCGACCACGCUAACAGCCCUAACAAGAAGUUCCACCAGUGAGCGGGCCCUCGGCCCCGCUCCCCGGCCCCUCACCCAGCUGCCGGCAGAGCGGCGUCUGGCUGCGUCGGCGUAACCAGAAGGCAGGCGAGCUCUGGCCCUGGGUGUGCGCCCUGAUUAAAGUGCCUUCAGCAAGGACCGAGUCUCCCUCCCGGUGAAGUCUGGCUGU